AGUUCGGCGGUGACGUCACGGCGGCGCGCCGGCAUCAGGAGAGGACCCCGCUGCGACCGCGUCCCCUCGGGUCCUUGAGCCACUUCUGACCGUGUAGCCAUGGCCUUGCGGCUCUUGAAACUGGCCCCGGCGUCCGCGCCCACUCGGAUCCUCUCGGCAGGCACCCGGCGCGCGGGCGGGAUCCACACCAGUGCCCGGCGCGAGCUCCAGUACGGGCCUCUGGCCUACAUACUUGGCGAAAAAACAACCAAGAAGCUCACAGAGCGCAGCAAGGUGAUAACUGUAGACGGCAACAUAUGUUCUGGAAAAAGCAAGCUCGCCAAAGAAAUCGCGGAGAGACUCGGCCUGAGGCACUUCCCUGAAGCCGGCAUCCACUACGCAGACAGCGUGACGGGGGACGGCCGACCCCUCGACCCGGCCUUCAGUGGCAGCUGCAGCCUGGAGAAGUUCUACGACAACCCGCGGAGCGAGGACGGCAACAGCUACCGCCUGCAGUCCUGGCUCUACAGCAGCCGCCUGCUGCAGUACGCCGACGCCCUGGAGCACCUGCUCAGCACAGGGCAAGGCGUCGUCCUGGAGCGCUCCAUCUACAGCGACUUCGUCUUCCUGGAGGCCAUGUACCGCCAGGGCUUCAUCCGGAAGCAGUGUGUGGAGCACUACCACGAGGUGAAGAAGGUGACCAUCUGCGAGUACCUGCCUCCCCACAUAGUGGUCUACAUCGACGUGCCCGUGCCCGAGAUCCAGAGUCGGAUUCAGAAGAAGGGAAACCCGCACGAGAUGAAGAUCACGCCUGCCUACCUGCAGGACAUCGAGAAUGCCUACAAGAAAACCUUCCUCCCUGAGAUGAGUGACAAGUGUGAAGUUUUGCAGUACACUGCCAAGGAGGCCGAAGAUGCAGAAAAGGUGGUGGAGGACAUCGAGUACCUCAAGUGUGACAAAGGGCCGUGGCUCAAGCAGGACGACCGGACCUUCCACCACCUGCGGAUGCUGGUUCAGAAUAAGGUGGAGGUGCUGAAUUACACAACCAUUCCCGUAUAUCUCCCCGAGAUCACGAUUGGGGCGCACCAGAGUGACCGCAUCUUCCGUGCCUUCAGAGAGCUGCCGGGCCGCAGGUACCACCCUGGCUACAACGCUGACGUGGGCGACAAGUGGAUCUGGCUGAAGUGAGCGGCCGCCCCGCCUGCGCCAGCUGCGUCCGGUGACGGAGAAGCUUCCAGCCUGCCCGAUGGCCCGGACUCUGCAGCUGUAAAUUAGGGCAAAGCUCGUGACCCACAGACGCGCAGUAGAAGAGACAGACGCACCGAGAGCACUGGUCUGGAGCGCCACUCACGGAGCCGGAGAGGCCCCUGCUCAGGGCUCGGCCUUCCGGCUGUUCCCUGGGGCCCGUGAUAUCGCUGGACAAGACACGUCUGUCCUGGAAGCGUGGCUGUUCGGGGCCACAUGGGCUUUGUUCACUGCUGCUUCAGCCUUCGAGAAAUAAAACGGCUGCUGUGGCCCUUC